UUUUGAGAUCGUAUUUAUAAAGAAAUUUGAUCUUUAAUUAGUAUAUAAAAAGAAAAUUAUUUUUAUAAUAUCGUAUGAUGAUGAUUCACAACAUUGAUUAUUUUACACAGGUACUUUUAAGGAGGGAGCUAUAAAUAAAUUAAUUUGUGAAUAUAGAACUUCCAGAACUUUCCAUAAUAUUCAAAUCCUUGAUACGAGUAAUAGUUCUUUAUAAAGUUACAAUCAAAUAUAUUAUGUGUCUUGUGAUCAAUAUUACAAGAUGGAUAAGAUCGGUAAUAAAAUUUGCCGAAUGCCAAUUUAUAACUAUAGACCGAUUAAUUUUGACAUCCGGUAUCUACAUCCAUUCAUCUCCGGAUAUCAUUUUUAUUAUAUGCAUUACAAAUUAUAGAUUAUAUUUAUACUAUACAAUUACUCUCAAUAUUGAAUAUUUUGUUAAACAAGACAGAAUUACGGAUUAAGGAAUAUCGGCAACAAUAUUUUUCCAACAUUCACG